CGUGACCAGAAAUAGUAGAGUAGGCGUUUGGUAGUUAGUUUUUUGACGCCGCGUAAACUUAGCCGUUUUAUAAAAGUACUGUACCUAGUCGAAACUAUUGGCCGUUUUUAAAUUUGGUAUCUGACUCGUGAGGUUAUUAUUACAAUCGUCAUUGUUAUCAUUAUUUUUAAAAAUUUUCCGUUCUAGUGUUAGUGUAACGAACGACCACAAACAAAACGUGAGCUUCUCUGGCGUUUCCUCUCAGACACUCAUCGCAUAGGCAUCCUGGCACUUGACGACACAAGAAGAGGGUAACACCGCUUACUUCUCCCAUAUGUUUUUGUAACGCCAUCAGACGAUUUUUAAAAGCUACAAACUUCCACCUAACGCACACCACGACGGGAACUCAGCCAGAUGUGAGCAGUCUCCAUAAGCAAGACGACUGCAUUGAAAGACAGAACAAUCCAAAGGGAGUGUCUCUGGAGCUGUUGUCAUCUACGGUGAGCGAGAUGGGCCAAACUCGCUCGGUUCCAUCGCAUACUACCACCGGCGGAGCAACAUGGAAAGCAAGCGAAGCGGGUCAGCGUCUCGACGCUCGUAGACUGAAAAACGGGAAAGCGCAUCUUAAUAUCCGGAUAAACGGGAAAUCGAUGAAAAAGCACGCCUUAUCGUGUUUGGGAAGACGAAAGAGAGACUCUAGUCCGACGCGAGUGGAGCCGAGCUGCGGACAAGAAGCGAAGAAGACAGCCGCACGCCACGAAGGUCGAGAGGGAAAGUUACCCAGGGACGACGCCGAAUUGCCGGUCGAGGAGCUGGUCGAAGAUGUGAGCGGGGAGACUACGAUCGGGCAAACUGAAAAGCCAAGCACGGGGAGGCGAGGGAGCCUUGAAGUUAGCGCUGCGUGCUGCGUGGAGAAGGGUGCUGGACGGGAGAACAAUGCCUCGGACCCCCCGCCAAAGGCCAUGGAGUAUCAGCCACUGGGGGUGUACAGCCAGGAUCGCUUAAUUGCACCUUUGGGAGAAUUAAGCCCGGAUGAGUCGGACUCUUCGAGAACUUUGACAAGUUUACAGUCGGGCGAUUGUGUUGAUCAAGUGGACGAUGCGAUUAAAAUGACAAAAAGUGAUUUAAUUAACGCCCCCUGUCCAUCUGAAGACGCAGAUUGUGCGCAUGACUCUGAUAAGCCCCCCCGGAUCUUGCCUUAUCCCGGCCCCAUACCGAAACUCAUAAUCACUCGGGAUCCAAGUCCCACUCGCUCCGAGGAGUCGUCGACCCAGCUGAGCCUGCGUACCGAGCUCUACGCCGGUUGGAGCUCGGAGCUCCACCCGGACGACGAGUCUCCGUGCUCGGACAGCGGUUGCGGAGGGUCCCCGGCGCUGAUGCGCUCGCCCAGGAAGCUGUCCAACUCGUCCUCCCUCGGACUGUCGUCCAUCUCCUCAUUCGAAGAGUCCGAGGACGACUACACGGGAAGCGAUAUUGAGUCCAGCUUGUCCCCGGGCAGGUCCCUCUGCGGCCCAGACGACGGCCCAAUGAAUAAGUCGUGGCAUAAGUUGAAGACCAUGGUGCACUGGUCCCCGUUCGUCGUGUCUUUCAAGAAGCGCUACCCGUGGGUGCAGCUCGCCGGCCACGCAGGUAACUUCCAGGCCGGUGAGAACGGUCGCCUGUUAAAGCGCUACUGCGAGUGUGAGCAGCAGUGCCUCGAGAAACUGAUGAAGGACACCCUUCAGCCAUACGUGCCUGGUUAUUAUGGUGUGGUGCAGAGAGACAAGCAGGAUUACAACCUGAUGGAUGAUCUGCUGGCGGAUUUUGACUCUCCAUCCAUUAUGGACUGUAAAAUGGGCAGCAGGACCUACUUGGAGGAGGAGCUGAUGAAAGCGAGAGAGCGUCCACGCCUGCGGAAAGACAUGUAUGACAAGAUGGUAGCCGUGGACCCUGGGGCCCCUACUGAGGAGGAGAAGGCCCAACAGGGGGUGCUCAAGCCCCGAUACAUGCAGUGGAGGGAGACUCUCAGCUCCACUGCAACAAUGGGUUUCCGGAUCGAGGGUAUUAAGAAAGCAGAUGGCACGUGCAACACGAAUUUUAAGACCACCAAGCUCAAGGAGCAAGUGAUGCAGGCUUUGGAGGACUUUGUGGAUGGAAACACUCAGACCCUGAAGCUGUAUCUGGAACGUUUGGAGGAGCUGCGGUCAGUUCUGGAGCAAUCUCAUUUCUUCAAGACGCACGAGGUGGUAGGCAGCUCUCUGCUGUUUGUGCACGACUCCUCGGGAAAGGCCCGCGUGUGGAUGAUCGACUUCGGAAAGACUGUGCCCCUGCCCGCCCACAAAACCCUGGACCACCGGACCCCCUGGGUAGAGGGCAACCAGGAGGACGGCUACUUGUGGGGAUUGGACAACCUCAUAGACAUCUUGGGAUCCAUGCUUCCUCAGGCCUCGUGAGCAGAAGACGUUGAGACAUCUUGACAGAAAAACUGGAAGAAUCGGAGAUUACGGACUCACUCCACUUAAAGCAAGAUAGGACUUUUUCAUCUAAGUGGAUUCAAGCCCUUACGCCUCCCCAAGGGUUAUUUUGCCUUGUUUCAUUUUGCGUUUCAAUACGCAGCAACACUAAAACACUGGUUUUUCAACCAUGUGUCAACUGACUAGUGUAAAUACAAGUUUAUUUAAUUUUUUUUCUGGCUUUUACCUUCCUUGUUCAUAUUAUGUGCCUACAUUUUUAAAAGAAAGACCAUUCCUUCUAUUUUUCUUGCACCCUCUUUAUAAAACAGUGAUGAAUACAUUUUUUCCCCUUCUAAAUACAAACAUCAACUACGUUUGUUUGGAACUUGUUGCACUAAGCAUCCUUAUGAAAGCCAUCGAUCAAGACGGGCCGUGCCUCUUUUUUUGAUACAGUAGUUGGGUAACACAUGCACAUCCUAAAGAAAUGUGAUGUUUAAAGCAAUAUUAGAGCUAUACAAAAGUUUUAAGGACCAUUUUAAAACUGGAACUUGGUGAAUAAGUGACCACUUAUGUCAAUUUUCACCAUUUUGUAUCAUCUAACCUUUUAACUGGACGAUGAGUUUACUGUAAACAGGAAGUAAUGGCAAUAGCGUAACACAUGGUGAAAAAGUUUGAUUGACGUGCUACAUUAAAUGACCUUGUGUUUUUGUGUGUGUUAAAAGUCCACACAGCAAAUCAGUCAUCUCGCUAAAGUCAAUAAUGACUUGUUUACAAAGUAUUAUACUUCUUCUUCCAUGCAUGUCAAACCGUUAUCAUGUUCUUGUUUUUCUAACCUCCUCCUGACCGGGUGCUUUCUAGUAUGAGGAAACUGGAUUUACUCUGGAUUUACCUUGGUUUAUACUCUGUAAGCACAAGUGUAUUUUUGAGUGGAGUUUAACUGCAAUAACAGGUUACAUUUGAUAAUGGAAUUGUCUUUGCCAUCAAGGUAACGGAUUGCAAUAAACUGGAAAUAAGACUUA